AUGGUGUUAAGAGUACCCAAACUGCUAGCUCUAGGACUUUCACUGGGCGAUUUUGCUGUAGACCAGCAAGAUUUUGUGAAGAAAUACGAUAAACGAAUCACAGCAGCCUUGUCGCGGGCACGACAUGGCAUGUUCAUCAUUGCGGGCUUCCCGCUAUUGCUGAAAAACGACCUGUGGAGGCAGUAUCUGCAUGCUGCCGUGCAAACGACCCCAGUUGUACUUCCGCAUUAUUUGGACGCUAUGACUGGGGAUGAACGAAGGAAUGCCAAAGGAAUAUUAUUAGCGAGGGAUGGCUCAUCAAUGGUGGCGCCACUGCAGAUCAACCGU